GGUAAUAUGCCCAGCCAUACCCUGAAACACAGAAAGCCCACCCCUUUCCAACCCUAGCCGCCGGCCGUCCUGAAUCCCUUCUCGCCUCUUCUCCGCUGCGCUCCUCCGCGGCUCCGCCAUCAUCUGGGCUCAUCCCGCGCUUGGAUUCAAGAUGUAUCUCCAGUACUACAUCAACGAGAAGGGGGACAAGGUUUACACCACCAAGAAGGAGUCGCCUCUCGGUGUGCCGACGCAGUCUGCUCAUCCGGCUCGCUUCUCACCAGAUGACAAGUACUCUCGCCAGCGGUACCUGUUGAAGAAGAGAUUUGGACUGCUGCCAACCCAGAAGCCAGCACCAAAGUACUAAGUUCCAACUGUCCAACCAUAUGGAUGUUCAGGAGAAAAUCAUCUGUUUGGCAGCUUUUUGGUAUCUCUCAGCACAUUCAGACGCUACCAUGGUAUCUCUCAGCACAUUCAGACGCUAUGUAAUACUAUGCUAUGGACAGAUCGUGCUUCCUAAUGUUAUGUUACUCUUUCGGUCUUGACUGUUGCUGCAGUACACAUGGUCCGGACUAUUACGGUAACCUGUAUUUCCUGGGCUACCAGGAGUACAGGGCAGCUUCUGUUGGCCUUUUAAAACGUUUACAGUCCA